AUGACUGUUACGUACGAUCAAUCGUACCGUAACGCUAAUAUGGGGACUGCCACGCUCGAAGAAAAGUUCGAGGUGAUGAAGGAGAUUGGAGAUGGAAGCUUUGGGAGUGUCGUGCUCGCUAGAACGCGGACCGCGGGCUCUCAUGUCGCGAAGAGGGGGACAAUGAUUGCGAUCAAGACGAUGAAGAAGACCUUCGAAUCCUUUUCGUCAUGUCUAGAGUUGCGUGAAGUAAUCUUCCUCCGAACCCUUCCGCAUCAUCCCCAUCUCGUCCCCGCUCUCGAUAUAUUCCUCGAUCCAAUGAGCAAGAAAUUGCACAUAUGCAUGGAGUAUAUGGAUGGGAACCUUUACCAGUUGAUGAAAGCUCGGGAACAGAAAUGCCUCGAUUCGAAGACUGUGAAGAGCAUAUUAUUCCAGAUUCUAUCCGGAUUGGAUCAUAUCCACGCACACAACUUCUUCCAUCGAGAUAUCAAGCCCGAGAACAUAUUGGUUUCAAGUACUGCUUCUGGCGAUUCAUCCGCGUUUAGUCGAUUCACCCCCCCGGCCACACCUUCGACUUUCAGUGUGAAGAUCGCGGAUUUUGGGCUUGCCCGAGAAACUCAUUCGACAGUACCAUACACAACCUAUGUUUCGACGCGGUGGUAUCGUGCACCGGAAGUUCUAUUGCGGGCAGGCGAAUACUCUGCCCCAGUGGAUAUGUGGGCUGUUGGAGCCAUGGCGGUGGAAAUCGCUACCUUGAAACCUCUGUUCCCCGGUCGGAAUGAAGUGGAUCAAAUGGCCCCCCACUCAAUGGAGAGCAUUCUCCAACCUCCCCACUGGCCAGUUGCCUUUAGCAAUUUUGUGACUUGGUGCCUAAUGUGGGAUCCCAAGAGCCGACCAACAUCCUCCCAGGCUUUGAACCACGAUUACUUCGUUGACGCAAUUGAUCCACUUCGACCGAAAUCUUCCCGCCUGCUUGGCCGGAAACAAUCAGACAAGAGCUUCAAGUCAGCCGGACGGGAUACUAACGAUUCCCCUGCUCUCUCAACGAAGGCCUCCUGGUUCCGAAGAUCACUGAUUGGACGGGACAGCCCUGCACCUGUGCUUGAGGAGGACGAAAGCCGUCGACUCCCAGCAAUUUCUCACAAUGCUUCCCCGGACCUGCAGACCACUAAGCCCAAACCGGUUGCAACCAAACGUGCUACGUGGACGAAUGGCGCACCUAUGCCAAUUCUCCCAUCCAUUCGUCCAGUCUCCCCCUUAUCUAAUGCUGUUACCGCACAGGCUAACUCCAGUUUAUCCCACGCCAACGAUGGAGCGACCGCAAAUCAUUCCGAGAACGGUCAAAAGUCAAAUAAGAAGAUUGGUCGACAGCUGUCUGUGAACUCGAACGGUAAUCACUAUUCGGAUGUCCACCGCCAAGAAGCGGAGCGAGCACUUAAUGGCGGCGGGGGUUUAGCAACUCCUGCGAGUGCCACGAAGGAAAGUUUCUUUUCUCACCUUCGAAAACGUGCGCGCAGACUUUCUGGUCGGAGCCAAGGAACGUCGAACAACAGCAAUAGCAACAACUGUGAUGACGUCGAGGCCAACGCAGGAUGCGUUCCCUGGUCGAAUCGUUCCUCCAUGGCACUUGAUUCGGUGAAUCUUGCGGACCAAAAGCCUGGUGCUGAUUUUGCGGAGUUGGAUAAGGCCCUACAAAAUGUGCGAUAUAGCCUGGAUAUCACAUCACCCAGCCUGCCCACCCACCUUGCUUCACCGACCACUACCAAUGCCCCAUCAAAUCGACAGUUGAUACCACAAGGACCAUCUGUACGUAAUACCGAGAAUUAUGCGUCUAACCCAACUUCAGGUCCGAUUUCCAGCCGGACACGACGAGCGCUUCAACUCUCUACCCAUCCGGUUAAUCGAUAUGAGACGCCCGAGGAGGAAGACGAACUACUUCACGAGGUUCUCCAUUCCACCACCAAGGCUGCACGACACCUUGGUCAGCGAUCAGUAACCAUGGACGAUAUGACCCGCGAUGAGAUAUUCAAGAAGGGAAAUUAUCAGUCAAUCCGUGCAAUCAAUCCUACUAGCCCUAUAUUGAAUCCGUACCCGACACCUUCGCCGUCUUCCAAGUGUGAUGGAGCAUUCUUUGGACCGGAAACACUGACCCCAUCGAAGCCACUGAGAAUGAACAAGCCCGAUAACAUCGCUGAUAAACACGAUUCCACCCGCCAAUGGCCCACUCCUCCGUACGAUGAAAGCCAAUGGGCUGAAUCUGCCGCAGAAAGUAUCUUUGCCGCCGUGGGAUCUACCUUCCGGUAG